AUGACUUCCAUUGGUGCUAACUGCAAAAAUUUUUCUGAAAUAAAAAUCCUGUGCUCUUUUGAUCUUGAUUUCGCCGAUGCCAUCGUUACAAAUGCCCCGAACCUCAAGUUCUUGAGCCUUCGUUGCACCGUGGCGUGCAAGGAGGCUCUGUUGUAUGCGCUGAAGAGCUUGGAGCACUUGGAGGUUCUGAAUUUGACUCAUCUCCGCGUGGCGGAUAAGGCUGGGCAUGAGCGUCACCCUGCAGGUGGCUUGUUGUUCCGAGAAGUUGACAACGAACUCAUCGAAAACGCCUCGCGGCUCAAGAAGUUUAUAACUUGCACGGAUAGGAGCUGCCCUAAGUGCAAUGGCGGCACGAUUGCUGACGAAGAGUUCAUGAGGGGGAAUCAGUUUGAUGAGGAACAGUGA